GUGGAGCCGAGCAUGAGCGCAAACACGUCCUUGGAUGUGGGGCUUCACCUUGAUCUUUGCCAGGAGAUUUGGCUACGGUGCCGAGCAGCCAUAUCGGCCAUGGAUCUGUUCACGGCCCUGUCAGCGUGCCACACGGUGCAUGCUACUGUGGCCCUGGCUUCGUUGCUGUCCAUUUGGCCUCAUGAAGCCUCGUGCAGGCUCGGUAGCUUGUUGGUGGCUCUGACGCAAUGCCGGCAGCCGGUGGAUGCACUGAGUCCACUGUGGCAAGCUUGGGCCGUUCAUGUGAGCCAGGCUCAGUGGGAGCAGCUGUUAACGACGGCCGAGCCUCUGGUGCCAUCGGGGGAGGUGGCCAUGCUUAUCUUGGCAUUGUCACGCGCGCUGUUUGAGGCUCAGCGAUAUGACCUCUGCGAGGUGCUUUGUGCGCUCAUCCAGCGUCCCGAUUGGCGAACCGUGCUUACUGAUCCUGCCAUUUCACUUCACCCUCACCUUACCCGUGUCUUUGCCCCGCCAGUCUAUGCAUGCUCAACACCUCAGCUCAAAUCUGUUUUUGUAGCACAACCACUACCCGAGCCCUUGUGGCCCCAGUUGUCACGCGAGCAUCCACAACAUGUCGGAAUGCUCACACCUCCAGCAUCACUCACGGCUACGCCUGCAGCGGUGGAUGAAACGAAUAGUCUGUUGCCGUCAUGCCAUGCAGCGAGCACAUUGGCAGGCGCCAGUAUUUACCUGGCAUCCCCUAGCAUGCCCUCAGUAGAGGCGCUGGAUCUGCCCCUGAGUCCCAUAUCGAGGCCCGUACAUGUCGACAUUGAUGUACUUUGUGCACAUUUGGACGUUGAAGCGGCCGAACGACCGGCCUUGCCAGCCAUGGCACCAAACCAGCCAGUGGUGCCACCAUCGCCGCCUUCACCGCUGCCACCUGCGGUCUUGGCCUUGGAUUCGGACAGUGCGAUUUUGGCUGCCUUUAUCGAUGAGCCAUUGUUGCCCGAUGCGACCUUGUCCGACGCUCGGACCCAGUUGCUGCAGAAUUUGCCUCAGUUACCAGUGGAGACACCGCCAUUGACAGCCAUCGGCGGGGAGCUUUUCAGUCGAGGUCAACGGCAGCUGAACCGUGCUGCCCCGGCUGAUAUUACGGCCCGGCACUGGCGCCAAUACUUGAUUGAGGAGCCCGAGAUCAACGGAACUCUGGGACAUACAGCUGCCUGGCAGCAUCGCUGUCGUUGGUUGCAAAAUCUCGGUGUCACAUAUCGUGGAGGGGCUCUGCGCGUCCUCAGCUCUUUGUCAUGGAACCCUGUACUGGUGUUGCAAACCAUGCACCAGAGUGUUGUUGCGCCAUCAAGCACACUUCCAGCCGACUUGAUGCAUGACUCUGCAUGCUUGCUGUAUUUGCCUUCGGCCCGACUACCCACGGUGAAUCACGAGCCAGUCCUACCCACGCUUCUGAACGUCGUGCCAUCACCCAUCCUUGUCAGUGACGAGAGUGAUCAAGGUGUCGUGACGGGUGAGGCCAGGCUUACCAACUCACAGCUUCAGGGUGGCCUUGAGUUACACGCCGGCAACUCGGACCUGGGUGGACAGGAGAUAUGGUUGCCGUGUCGCCAGGGCCUUUCGGAUGCUCUAGUUUUUGCACUUGAAACGAAGCAAAUCACAUGUGUGAUGUGCGCCGAAGAGCAGUUCCCGCUAGACGUUGUGGUGGACGAACAGGUCGGCAUUGUGCUUUUACCUGAUUUAUCGCCAGAUGGCCGGACGCUGUCUGCGCGCGUGCUUCGGGCUGCCGCACUAUGCACACGCAUUGUCGUUAUCGUCGUGAACCGUGAAUGGUGUGUAAAGGUGACCUGCAGCGACUUGAUAGAACGAGAGUUGGCGCUGGCAGCGCGCGAGUCUCCAUACACGCAGGAUGCCUGGUGCAAGCGUGACUGGCUAGCCGAGUGUCACGAGUCUCCCCAGUGGCAGUGGCUGAUGGCAUCUGGGUGCUUCAACCCCAUGGCCGCCGGUACCCUGUUGUUGGCCCUGACACUACGCCAGCUGCUUGAGGCAGUGGCGGUGAAAGACUUUGAGGGUGUCUUGCAGUCCGCGCCCGGCGUUCCCUUGGCUAGCCUGAAGAUGAUGCGUGUGCUGAGCCUGGUAGCCGUCUUGGCUCUCUGGGCAACUACUCUUCGCGAUAAGGUCUACACCAAGCUCUCCGGGAAUGAGGGGGUCAACAGCUGCACCCGGCUGAUCAAUGUCACACAUGAAAUUGGCUGCACCUCGCCCGAAGAUGGUGCCGUGGGUAUCUUCUUCAAGAUUGAAAGCGCGGACGAGCUGGAUGACUUUCGCAGUGCCACUGAGUCAGCCUACAUUGUCCUCCUUGAACAGAACAUGUUUGCGCAGUCCGCCGUACUCCGUGAGCUGGGUCGCAUGGAUAAGGUCAAGGGUGCCUUCGUUUACAAAGGAGCCAGCUUGCCGAUGUCUGGUCAAACAAACUGGAACCCAUAUGGUGGCGGCUUUGCCAUGGAUUCACUCGCUGACUCGGGAACAAUUGGGUCGCAUUGGGUUGAUUUUGGGUCCAAGGCUAUCUAUUACCUCAGCGAUAGCGAUCGGGAUGACGUUUUGGCGCGCUAUGCGGCUCUCAACGUUGCGGGCAAGGGGAAGAAGCCCAAUUAUCCGGUUUGGGGUGCACGUCUGAAGAACUUUAUGUAUGGCGUCCGUGAUACUGACCUGUGUCUUCGCCGCAAGCAUUGCGACCCCCUCUCGGGACAAAACGUUUGGGGUUCAACACGACUCGUUGAGUCGGAUAGCGAGGUCAUUUUGGCCACAGCGCAGAUGGACGCCUUUUCCUUCUUCCAUGACCUUUCAUACGGUGCCAAUUCUGAUGCUUCCGCCGUCGUGUCUUUGAUCGGAGCGGCCCGCUUGCUGGGCUUGGAAGAAAACUAUGACGUCGUGGCCAACCUCCAGCGCAACAUUAUUUUCAACCUCUUCAACGGCGAAUCCUUUGGCUACAUUGGUUCUUCUCGUUUGGGCUUUGAUCUCAGUCGAGCCCCGCACUGGCCCAGUGUGGACCAAAGUUUGAGCUUCGAAAACAUCAAGGGCUAUCUAGAACUAUCACAAGUUCUGGAGGGCGACUCCCUGCACGCUCAUUCCUACAAGAGCAACGCUGAUACGGCCAACAUCGUUGCCAAGUUGCAGGCUGCUGCUGCUGGUAGCAGCACGACCGUCGUCGAUGACACGGCCUCUGAGCUGCCUCCUGCAUCGCUGCGUGGCUUCCUCAACGAAUGGCGGGACACGACCAAGCAGGACGCGUUCCCGGGUGUGGUCGUGACAGCCUAUGACAGCACCGGUUUUGCCAACAAGUACCACGGUAGCCAUCUAGAUGAUGGCAUUGCCACCUCUUCAACAAGUGAUGAGACCAGAGCUCGCCUCUGCGAUACGGCCGUUUUGACGGCCAAGACGCUGGUUGCCAUGGCCAACAAUACGGAUGUGGCCAGUGUUUCGUUGCCGGUGGAUUCAGCUGACAGCGCAUUCUGUGACUUUCUGCAAGAAAUGUUUGAUUGCGUGGCUCGCAACCAGACCUGCGAGCUAGCCCGCAAGGCCAUUGGCCAGAGCGGUGCCACGGCAGACAUGCCUCUCUCACGCUACAUUGGCGUCACCCGUAGCUCCACAGUUCUGAACCGGGGCGUUUAUUUUUUCUUCAAUAUGCUGAGUGAGGCACUGGCCAAGGACAAAAACGUGUCCCUGGGUGUCAAUGCCACCUGCGCGCCAAACAAUAAAGUCAACGAGUUCCAGACUGUGGAUUGGACGGAUGGACGAUGCAUGAAUACCACGGCCUAUGUCAGCUACAUCAUGUCGCCUGCCUUUGAAAGCUAUUACAAGCUCAAGAGCGAGGGCUCGAACUUGACCAUUCACCGCGACCCAAGGUGGUCAACCUGGACCGAGUCGGUCUGGGGCGCAAUCAGUGCUGACAUGUUUCUCAUGGAGGACCCAGCAGUUCAGAGGACCCAUCGCCUACCGACGGGUGCUACAACCACCAUGCCGAGCGCUGAGAACAUGUUUUCUGAGCUGCAGCACCACCCACGCGCAACUCAGCACGCAGGCCCUCCUCCGGCAGCUGAUGUCCCGCACAAUGGCCCACAAAUCAUGGAACGGAUGGCCAUGGCCGCUCGCGACUACAAUGCUGCGGAGCCCCAAGGCCGAGAUUUGCUUCGCUUUCUGAACUCUUCGUUCUUGCCCAUGCCCACUUCAGGGGGCUUCAACACUGCCCUCUUGAAGCUGGAUAUGCAGGCUGGGCCUGGGCUGAGUGCACCCAUCGAGCUACCGCCCGGCUCGAUGGUCACAGUUGCCACUCAAACUGAUUACCGUGAGAGUGAGACGCAAACAGACCCCUACACCCCCGACUACGUGGUUCGCCCUGGCUCAGCGCCUGAGGUGCUUACGCUGGCCACAUUGGCACAUGGUGUUGGCCUACCAGCCGGACUCGCCGAGGUGGAAAUGAUCGAGCGUGCGCGUGCGAGGCGUGCGUGGGAAGCCACCCUUCCUCCUGUUGAAGAUGCUUCACGUGCUAUUGAGCGCUCGCGUGCUAUUGAAGCCCGCGAAUUGGAGGAGCUCAAGUUUCGAGAGGAGGAAAUCCAACGCGUUCAGGACGAGCGCUUGCAAGUUCUGGAACAGCUCAUUGUCGAGCUUGAGAGCAACAAGCAGCAGGAUCGUGAGGACAAACUCAAUCGGCAUUAUCAACAACGCCAGAUUGAGCGAAAUCGCAUGUUGGCUCGAUCCGAGCGCCAGGCCGUGAAGGACAUUCGCAAACUCACCAAAGCUCGGCAGAACAUCGAGGGCAACCUCAAGCGACGAGAUAUCGUCGAACAGUACAGCAAUCCUGCAUCGGAGGAGUUUGCACCCACGCGAACACUGGGAGGGGGCGUGCACGAUCAGCACGCCAACCGUUACCGGGUUGACUCAAAGCAUGUCAGCUCAUACCAAGGCCUGCUUGACCUGGAAGCUUCCUUGCCCAAAUCCGUUACCACUCCUCGAGCACGUGCAGCCAAGGGCACCAACACCAGUGCUACCGGGCGCCGUGGGGGUAUGGCAUCAGCCAGCCGUCGACGCAUGCAAGACACGCUUCGGCAGCUGGACGAGACAAUGAGCAUGGCUCGCACCGGCACGCUGCCGAUCUUGCCGCCCAUUCGCUGCGUUGAGCGAAUUGAAAAGGCCAAGAGCAUUCUUCGAGGACGUGCUAUGCAAAAUGAGAUGUACGAGCAGAAGGAGCAGCGCCGUGAUCUGAUUGAAGAGCUGCGGUCGACCCACGCACUGCAAGCUGCGCAGCAAGCUGUCAAGGAGAAAGAGCGUGAGCAGCUCCAAGCUCGUCGUGAAGCUGAUGCUCGUGAAACGCGAAGACAAGCGACCAUCACUGCAGCCGUGAAUGCCACUCAAUCAGCGCACCUGGGCAACACCCUUGAUUUCCUCAGCAAGGAGCUCGUGCGUUUGCAGGAGGAGCACCGAAUUCAUGCCUUUGCUGUCAUGGCUGAGCGUGAGCGCCGCAUGCGCGAGGCAGAAGAGGCGGGUCAACGCCAGGCGGAGGAGCACCGUCGCGCGCAAGGCGAUGAGAUCUUCCGGCAAAUGAUGCAGGUUCACAAUGGCACAGUCGACUCCUAUCUUGAGUCCAUCUUAUUGGCGGCUCAAGAAGACGUGGCAGAUGAACAAGCUCGCGAGUUUGUUCGUGAGCAAGCGCGCCGCAUCGAUGCUGCUGCUGCAGAGGCUCAUGCAUCAGGAUAUGAUGAAACGGAUCUGGGAGCCCAAGCCAUUGCCUCUGAACUGGUGACUAGUUUCCUGUUGCCUGAGGUGGAGCGUGAAGCUCUGCGCGGAUCAUUGCAGCGAGAGCAGCGAAAGCUCUUGCAGGGUGCCCACGAGGCGGUCUUUGCAAAGACUCAAGAGGUGGAAGGCCAGCGACGCUGGACAGGAUCUCGGGCUGCUACUGCAUCUGGCUCACGGCCGCGCACAGCUUCGGCUCAGACCCAAUCCCGCCCCCACACCACUCCGGCCAUUGCCGAGCAUACCGGACUGGAGGAGGACAACAACUAAAAGAUUCCAUACUAGCUGGCUCCUGCCCCCACAACUCUUUUGCUUUGAUGUGCAUGUCGAUGUGCGCGAGUGUUUGUUCGUGUUUGUGUUUGCUUGGUAGCUCGAGUGACACGUGUGCUGCGCCUGGUGUUGGACGUGGGCUAUGCCGGACAAGAUCUGGGUUGUCUGGUAUGCUCAAGUUGAGUUUUGGCGGCAUAGCGGCACCUGCUUUCACAAGUGUUUGGUGGUGUCACACGAAAAUUCUAUUCAUGCAAAAAUG